GACAGACACACAGACACACAGACAGACAGACAGACAGACAGACACACACACACAGAGACAGACAGACAGACAGACAGACAGACACGCAGACAGACAGACAGACAGACAGGCAGACACACACACAGACAGACAGACAGACAGACAGACAGACAGACACAUUUCUCAAUAUAUUUCUAAUAUCCUAUGAAUUUUUGGCAAGUUGGAUUUUUAAAUAAAAGAUCUCCGGAUUGAAAACAUGGAUUGCCUGCUCUGGCUGUUUCUGCUGUUCACACAGCUUCAUGUUACGGAUCAACAAAAUACUACACACACGACUACAACAGAGAGCACAACUACACACACGACUACAACAGAGAGCACAACCACACACACGACUACAACGACCCCAGUCCCCACUCUUCCUUUGCCUGUAUCCGAUCUUACAGUCCUUCCCAAAAGCACCACGGAGUUACAUGUUAGUUGGAGCAUCCCUUCUGGCAGUAACACUGGAUUCAUCAUCUCAUACAACAAUGCUGAACCCAAGACAGUAAACCCAGACCAGGACUCUGUGACCCUUACUGGUCUCGCUCCCGGGACUGUAUAUGAAGUGACAGUCAAGACAGAAAGCAAUGGAAAAGAGUCCAGCCCAGUGUCUUCAACAGGGAUAACAUACCCGUCCCCCGUCAGUGAUAUUACAGUAACGAGCAAAUCCACCAAUGAGAUCAACUACCACUGGACUGUGCCAAACAACACAAGAGUUGCUCAAUAUUACUACAAUGUAACUCUUGUGAAUGCUGCCCCCAGUUCAACCCAGAACAACAGCUACACUGCUAAUGAAUUAAAACCAGGGGAGGAAUACACUGUGUGCAUAGAAUCUGUGACCCCAGAGAACACUAGCAGCACCUCUACAUGUCUUUCAACCUACACAAACCCCAAUGCUCCAGUAAAUCUGACUUCAAGCGAGGGCACAACGACGGCUCAUGUGAGCUGGUCAGCACCCAGCAGUGAUGUGAACUAUCAGAUCUACACAUACCUGCUCAGCUGGUCCAGCAGUAAUUGUCUGAAUGGAUCAAAGGAUAUCAACGAGACCUCUGCUUCUCUGAAUGAUCUGAUUCCAGGAUCCCUGUAUAAUGUAAGCGUGCGAUCCCAGAUCGGAGACGCACAGAGUGUGGGAGAGUCACAGUCCAUUCUCACAGAUCCUCUCCCACCGACACUCCUGUUGGUUUCUGCUAAGAGCGAGACUGAGGCUGUACUGGAAUGGGGAGAUCCAGCAAGCGGGGGAUAUUCUGGCUUCCAGAUCUUCUACUCAGAUACAAACAGCUUGACGGCAAUGAACUCAGUCAAUCAGGAUGUGAGGCAAUACAAACUGACCAACCUCACCCCCGGAGAGUUCUAUAACAUCAGCUUGAGGAGCUUCAAAACUGAAGCCAGCAUCCGGAAAAACAGCACUGAAGAGAAAAGAAACUUUCAAACAGUUCCUGCUCAGGUGAGGUCUCUCCAGUGCUCUGCAGUGUCUGGGGGUUACAGUCUGUCCCUGGACUGGGGUAACCCUGCUGGACGCUGGACGGAGAUAGAAGUGGACGUGUCCAACGGAGACAUAAAGAAGGUAGAGAAGUGCGGGCCGGUCCAGUGUGAGAUGAGAAUCGACGGGCUGAGCCCGGCUUGGUAUUACACCCUCGCGGUGACGACCGUGUCUGGAGAGAAGAGGAGCUUCAAAGCCAUUUCCAUUCAGUGCCAAACUGACACGACGGGUGCCAUCGUCGGCUCUCUGUUUGGGAUUCUAAUACUCAUCUGCUUCGUGGUCUUUCUCAUUCUGUUCAUCCUGAGACAAUACCCUGACCUCCUGAGUUCUAGUUCCAAAGAUGACAACGCUCUGGAAUUGACAUGUAAGAAGAUGAAACCGAUCGAAGUCAGUAAGUUUGCAGACUAUUUCCACAGACAGCAGGCGGACUCUGAUAUUGGAUUUGCAGAUGAAUAUCAGAGUUUGGGCGCGGUUGGCACUGAGCAGACAACCAAAGCUGCCCUCAUACCCGAGAAUCAAGGGAAAAACAGAUUUACCAACGUCCUGCCAUAUGACUGGUGUCGUGUUAAGUUGAGUGCUAUUGAUGGAGAGCCAUUCUCAGACUAUAUCAAUGCAAACUACAUGCCGGGCUAUCACACUGCGAAGGAGUUCAUCGCCGCUCAGGGUCCCUUGCCCAACACUGUGGAAGACUUCUGGCGAAUGGUGUGGGAGAACCAGGUGGAGGCAAUUGUCAUGCUGACCAAUUGCAUUGAGAAUUCACAAGUGAAGUGUGAGCAGUACUGGCCUCUGGACUACACUCCCUGCACCUACGGAGAUAUUUCAGUCACCGUGUUUUCUGAACAGGAGCAGCCUGACUGGACUCUCCGGGAUUUUACUCUCAAACACAUGAAAUCCUUGGAAUCCCGGACGGUCAGACAGUUCCACUUCACCGCCUGGCCGGAUCACGACGUUCCGGAUAACACUGCCACCCUCAUCCAAUUCCGGGCCCUGGUCCGAAAAUUCUUGGACAAUCAGGAGAGGAACGGUCCGGCCAUCGUACACUGCAGUGCUGGAGUGGGGCGCACAGGAACCCUGAUUGCUCUCGACUCCCUCCUGCUGCAGAUAGAGAGGGAGAAGGCUGUGGGGAUCCAGAGCUUUGUGAAGAAGAUGAGGCUCCACCGGCCUCUCAUGGUCCAAACAGAGUCCCAGUACAUCUUCCUGAACCAGUGCAUGCUCGACACCAUCCAGGGAAAGAUGAACAAUUCUGAUCCCGAUGAAAAUAUUAACAAGAUCAUGAUCUAUGCCAACGCUGCAGCCAUCACGGAAUUCCCCACAACCAAUGGGAACGCUGCUUAACUUCGCCCCAUCUCCUCCUGCUCUCAGACAUCCAAUCACAGCACAGCCUCACAGUUAGAGAAGGAAAUCCCUUUAAAGGUGUCCCAUAGUAAAAGCAUAGGCAAGCAUUGUAAAAGAUUGAGAGGUAUAGUAAAGCAUAUUAAUAAACAUGGCAAACCAGGCUAAACUCUAGUAAACCAUGGGAAAAGUAAGGGGGAAACUGUGAAAAUACUGUAGUUUUAUAUCAGUUAAUAUGUCUGGUUGAGCCUCUCUCUUAUAUCAGUUAAUAUGUCUGGUUGAGACUCUCUCUUACAUCAGUUAAUAUGUCUGGUUGAGACUCUCUCUUACAUCAGUUAAUAUGUCUGGUUGAGACUCUCUCUUAUAUCAGUUAAUAUGUCUGGUUGAGACUCUCUCUUAUAUCAGUUAAUAUGUCUGGUUGAGCCUCUCUCUUACAUCAGUUAAUAUGUCUGGUUGAGCCUCUCUCUUAUAUCAGUUAAUAUGUCUGGUUGAGCCUCUCUCUUAUAUCAGUUAAUAUGUCUGGUUGAGACUCUCUUACAUCAGUUAAUAUGUCUGGUUGAGCCUCUCUCUUAUAUCAGUUAAUAUGUCUGGUUGAGCCUCUCUCUUAUAUCAGUUAAUAUGUCUGGUUGAGCCUCUCUCUUAUAUCAGUUAAUAUGUCUGGUUGAGCCUCUCUCUUAUAUCAGUUAAUAUGUGUGGUUGAUAUGUUUUAAAAAAAAUAAAAACAUGUUUUAAUUUACAAAAAAGUAAUUUUUAUUAAAUAUCCUUCCGCAAGACCUAAAAAAUAGUCCCUUAAAGCCUAAAAAAAUGCAUUAAUUAAAAAAAUAUUAUUAUUUUAAUAAACAUUGAACUGAUUAAAAACAAGACGCACUAUUUAUAGAUGUUAAAUUGAACACUGGCAUUGAAAUUGCAGCUUUGAAGAUUUCCAGGCCCUUUUUUUUGGAUGUUCAUUUUUCCAGUGUUUUUUCAAUAAAGAUUUAUUAUUUUUAAUUUAAGCUUGGCAGGGAUGGAAUUAACCCCAAGUGGAAUGUGGCUGGGUCUACAUUGGAUAAUUGAUGGUCAAUCGAGACCUAGCCACAAGGUUAUACAAGGGAACCCAAUGCUUUGUUUGAGAUGGAUGGUUCAGUGAAGCCUGCAGCAGUAAGGUGUGUUUG